UUAUAUUCUUCUUUUAAAAAAAAAACAUUAGAAAAAAAUGGAAUGGAGGAAGAGUUAUUUGGAUGUAAUAUUGGUGCCAUUAGGGUUUGUAAUAUGCAUGGGAUAUCAUAUUUGGUUAUGGCACAAGGUUAAAAAUCAACCUCUUACAACAAUUAUUGGUACUAAUGCUAAUGGAAGACGUAUGUGGGUUGAAGCCAUCAUGAAGGAUAAUGAGAAGAAAAACAUCUUAGCUGUCCAAACACUAAGAAACACAAUAAUGGGAGCAACCUUAAUGGCUACAACAUCAAUCCUUUUAUGUUCUGGUCUUGCAGCUGUAAUAAGCAGCACUUAUAGUGUUAAACAACCACUAAAUGAUGCAAUUUAUGGUGCACAUGGUGAAUUCAUAGUGGCACUAAAAUAUGUUACACUUUUACUAAUCUUUCUAUUCUCAUUCUUAUGUCACACAUUGUCAAUUAGGUUUAUUAACCAAGUCAAUUUCUUAAUCAAUUGUCCACAAGACAAUUUGGGAAUUGUGAGUCCAGAGUAUGUGUCUGAGUUGUUAGAAAAAGGAUUUGGUUUGAACACUGUGGGGAAUAGGUUGUUUUAUGCAGCUUUGCCACUUUUACUUUGGAUAUUUGGUCCUGUUUUAGUGUUCUUGUGUUUUAUUACUAUGGUACCUAUGUUUUAUAAUCUUGAUUUUGUGUGUUGUAAUCAAGAAAAAGGGAAAAUAGAGUACACUUGUGAGAAUGGGAGUGAUCAAUUUGUGGGUGUGUAAGAAAUGUAUCAUAUACUAUAUGUAUCAUUAUUAUCAAUAUAUAAAUAUAUAAUUGAACUUUAUCCAUUUUGUAUUUGA